AUGAAUAAAAAAAAUCAGAACAGAGCCGCAGCUCUUCUUCUUCGCCAGUUUUCUGCUUCUUCAUUCGCGAGAUUUCUCCUCCGCCAAAUUCCAAAAGCCGCUUAUUCAUUGAUACAAUUGGUAUCCAUUUCGAGUGACGAGAAACAUGAAAUGCUUUGAGUGGUUACUCGCAUGCUCUCUGAUCACGCUACUUAGUAGUGCAUCUUACAGCUAUGGAAAUGUGAUGAACGAUAAAGUUUUGCGUGUUGGUGAGGAGCUUUUCAAGGAAACGUUGCCGCUACAAAGUGGUGCUCGCCUCUACCACUUGCAAGGAUUAAAACCCCAGACGUGGUAUGAAGUGAAGAUAUCAUAUCCUGCUUCUAUACCCGCCAGUUUUUCGUUGCAACUAGAAAGAGGCACUCCGGAUUUGGGUCUGAAUCAAGGAAGAAAAUUGCUCAAUACUGAAAAGAUAAUUUUCAAGGCAGACGGAAUCACCUCACUGAUUGAACGGGGCGAUAUGUUUGUUCUCGUAAACGUGGAACCUGAAGGAGUUGUCGCAAUACCAGGGAAGCAGGAAAUGGAAUAUGUCGUGUUUAAUAUAGUUUGUGACGAACUGUUGCUGGGCAUUCCCCACGAGGCUUGGUACGUCGUAGUUUUCGUAUUGCUUGGUUUGGUGUUGGCUUUUGUGGUUCCUUCCUAUCUCCCUGCGUUCUUGCUGCCAAAAAAUGGUAGACAACCAUUGUUUGAUCAUAAUGUCACCAAGGCUUCAUGAAGCCGUCUCUUUUCAAGAUAAUUUGAUUGAGGUGGAAGAUUUGGCUUCACAAUUAAGCUUAGAUUUAUGUAAAAUAUGUUUUGGAUGCAGUUUUGUCAUUUUUUUUAAAUUACAAAUAGUCUACAAUGGGUGGUUUUAUAUUC